AUGUUUAAAUUACAGAAAAAACACGAUCAACAAAUAAAGUCAUCGGAGAAAAUGAGUGGCUCAUCGGCGAGCAACUCAACUAUACCGAUCAACGGUGCGUUAACCCUUCGCAUUGUUGACGCUCAAACAAGUGUCGAAAAUGGACGUAAAUUCACCAAAUACAAAGUUUCAGUAAAUUAUAAUGGACGAGAGUGGGAAAUCUGGAGACGCUACAAAGAAUUUAAUGCCUUGAAUGAGAAGCUUCGUCGUGUUCGCUCUGAUCUGAAGUUACCCGGUCGUCGGCUUUUAGGAGAUUCUUUUGAACCUGACUUUAUAUCCAAACGACAGCGUGGCUUGGAUGAUUAUGUUCAACAAAUCGCUUCAAAUUCUCAACUUGUGAAUACGCCUGAUUUUAUCGAGUUUUUUGGACUUAGUGUGACCUCAUCGAAUGGGUCAGGAGCAUCAGCUACUGGUGCAUCAUCAGCAUGUAAUGGAAAUAAUGAUACAACAGCUCGAGCCGAUAAUGACGAAACAGAAGACCCGUCGAGCUCGUCCGAUACUAAUCGUGUCAAUUUGGGAAAAACCGAAAAGACUUCAGUGAAGCCUGGUGAUUUUGAAUUUCGUACAUGUAUUGGCAAAGGUUCAUUUGGCAAAGUGUACUUAGCCCGACAUAAAGCGGAAGAUAUGAUCUAUGCAGUCAAAGUAGUCAGUAAAGCACUAAUCAAACGAAAACGUGAAGAACGUCACAUUAUGGCUGAACGUGAUGUUUUGGUUAAGAACACCCGUCAUCCCUUUCUCGUCUCACUUCAGUAUUCAUUUCAAACGCCUGACAAACUUUAUUUCGUCAUGGAUUUCGUCAAUGGCGGUGAAUUAUUCUUCCACUUGCAACAAGAACGAGCAUUCAGUGAACAACGCGCGAGAUUCUACGCAGCAGAAAUUACAUCAGCUAUUGGUUACCUUCAUAAACUAGACAUAAUCUAUCGAGAUCUGAAACCCGAAAAUAUUCUUCUAGAUCGAGAAGGGCACAUCCGUUUGACAGAUUUUGGUCUAUGUAAAGUAAUGCUAUCAACAGAAGGACGAGAAGGGCGAACAGCAACGUUCUGUGGAACGCCAGAAUACCUCGCACCUGAAGUCCUCCGCCGUGAACCGUAUACAAAAGCUGUGGAUUGGUGGUGUUUGGGUUCAGUCGUAUAUGAAAUGUUAUGUGCACGACCACCAUUCUAUUCUCGAGAUGUUAAUGAAAUGUAUGAUAAUAUAUUAAAUCGUUCUCUUCGUUUCAUUGGUAAUAUAUCUGAACGUGCUAAAAGCUUGAUCGAACAGUUGCUACGAAAGAGCCCGAGUGAGCGUUUAGGCAGUGGAUCGGAAGACGUGACUGAAAUCAAACGUCAACCGUUUUUCGAUCAAAUUGACUGGGAGAAAUUAGAAGCGAAAAAGAUUCCACCGCCGUGGAAACCAUCUGUUACUAGUCCAACUGAUUUAAAUCAAAUUCCGAGAGAAUUUAUUGAUUCCGGUGUCUCGCCCAGUGUUCAUGAAGCAUAUGUUGGUAGUGUAACACAAAAUGGCUCAUCAUUUCCUGGUUUUACAUAUGUUCAUGACGCAGAUUUAAAUAGUUAG